UCAUCUACUCUUCUCUUCCAAAGAAUUGCUCAAAAGUCUCCACGCCCCACAGUGGGGACCCCCUAAUCUCUUUACUCUAGUCUUGAGAGUCGUCAAAAUCUCGUUCGUUAUAAAUAAACCAAGAAAACCCCACUUUCUUUCUACCCUCCAACAAAUAUUGAAGAACUUACCAACUCUUAUAUUUAUUUCUUGCUGAUUGAGUGAUUUCUGAUCAUACAGAGAGAAAGUUCAAGUUGCAGUUGAGUUUCACCCUAAUUACUUCACGUUUUCUCUCUUCUUCUUUCAAUUUGAUUGGAUUUUUGGGUUGCAUUUGACCAUGAUGUCUCCUGGACUGGAAAAUGGAAGGGUUUCUAGUUCAUAUCAUGAAAAUGCAACUUCAGAAAUGGUUCCCCUGGCUUAUUCGGAAAAGGCAGUACAAGAGAUGCUUCAGCUACCUCUUGAAGGAUUAGACAAUAAUCUUGUAGAGUUUUCUGAAGCUAUGAGAACUGUUGCAAAGGCACUGAGGCGUGCUGCAGAAGGAAAAACUUCUGCUCAAGCUGAGGCAGCGGAAUGGAAGCGAAUGUUUGAGCUAGAGAAGGCAAAGACUCUCCAAUUAGAACGCAAAGCAUCAUCAUCUGUUAAUUCUUGUUGUGAUCUCCCUAAUAAGAGACCAGCUGACUUGCCUGACCAACCAGAAAAGUGUCUCUCAGAAAAUGGGAAAAAUGGGCAUUGCUGUGGAGCAAAUGGAAUCUGCAAUCACGAGGUGCUUGAUGGGGAACCAACAUCAGAUUCUGAGUCUGUGGACAAAAUGAUAGUGAAGAAGGCAUCAUUCAAACUUUCAUGGAAUAGAAACCGUUCAAAGGGAAAUCGAUAUAAGCAUGAUGUAGUCUCUUUUGACAGUGGAAACAUAAAAACUAAAGAGCGCAGUAGCAAACAGAUAUAUCUCAAGUGGGACAGUAAUCCCCAAACUGUUCUUAUUUUGACCAAGCCAAAUUCAGAUUCUGUUAAACUUCUAUGCUCCGAACUAGUCAGAUGGUUGAAGGAAGAGAAGAAGCUAAACAUUUAUGUGGAACCACGAGUUCGAUCUGAUCUCUUAAAGGAAUCAUCUUCCUUCAACUUUGUCCAGACCUGGGAGGAUGAUAAGGAGGUCUUGCACUUGCAUACAAAAGUUGAUCUGGUCGUGACUCUUGGUGGGGAUGGAACUGUACUUUGGGCUGCUUCAUUGUUCAAAGGACCAGUUCCUCCUGUAGUUCCACUUUCUAUGGGAUCUCUGGGCUUCAUGACUGCAUUUCAUAGUGAGCAAUACAAGGAAUCACUUGAUUCGGUGCUUCGAGGUCCUGUUUGCAUCACAUUACGGCAUAGGUUGAUGUGCCAUGUCAUUCGAGAGACAGCAAAACACGAGUUCGAUGCAGAGGAGCCCAUUCUUGUUUUGAAUGAGGUUACUAUUGAUCGCGGGAUAUCCUCAUAUCUCACAAAUCUUGAAUGCUACUGUGACAACACUUUCGUGACGUGUGUUCAAGGAGAUGGAUUAAUUUUAUCCACCACAUCUGGAAGUACUGCAUAUUCAUUGGCAGCUGGAGGAUCUAUGGUUCAUCCACAGGUUCCUGGCAUUUUAUUCACACCAAUCUGCCCCCACUCAUUGUCCUUUCGACCCCUUAUAUUGCCAGAGCAUGUAACAGUGAGAGUGCAAGUACCAUAUAACAGCAGAAGUCCUGCAUAUGCAUCAUUCGACGGGAAAGACAGAAAAAUGUUGGGUCCUGGGGAUGCACUUAUAUGCAGCAUGGCUCCUUGGCCUGUGCCUACUGCAUGUCAAGUUGAUUCCACCAGCGAUUUCUUGCGCAGCAUCCACGAGGGACUGCACUGGAAUCUGAGAAAAAUACAGAACUCUGAUGGCCCUAGUUCUAGCACAUAAUACUCAACAUAAUAGUCUGCAAGUGUUUAGCUUACCAUAUAUGCGUUUUUUCAUUUCAUAGAUUCAUGGGAGAUUCAUCAACAUGAAUGGCUGGUUUAAUUUUUCUUCAUGCUUAUGUAUUGUCGGUGAGCACUAAUGUAAUCUAGAUUUAAUGAUCGUGAAAAAUAGACCAGCCAUAGAAUGUAUUAAUCUUACAAGUAUGAUGUAUACCAUUGCAUAAAGUGCAAAUACAACAUUUACUA